AGCGCCAUGAAGGUAUAUCUCAUAAUAUCGAUUACCUUUUUCACUAACCAUAAUUUCCUAUAUUUAAGGCAAUAUUGUGUAUAAUGAAGGAAUUCAAAUCAAAUGAAGUAGUACCGGAUGUUCUUAAUGACGCUCCUGAUAAACUGCUGGAGAUCAAGUAUAAGUCAGGUAAAGAUGUAAGACUUGGCAACGAACUCACCCCUAAACAAGUUCUGGAAGCACCUGAAGUCAAAUAUGAAGCCGACUCUAAAGACUAUUAUACACUGAUUUUCACCGAUCCAGAUGCGCCCAGCAGAAAAAAUCCUAAGAGCAGAGAAUGGAAUCACUGGUUGGUCGUCAAUAUUCCCGGAUCCAAAAUAUUGGAAGGUGAAGUAAUCACUGACUACGUAGGAUCAGCUCCACCCAAAGGUUCCGGCCUCCAUCGGUAUGUUUUCGUUUUGUACAAACAACCGGAGAAAUUAAAAGUUGAUGAACCUCGCCACGGUCCAACCGAUGGAAACCGUGGACAGUUUUCGACGGAGAAGUUUGCCAAGAAGUACAACCUGGGAAAAGCUGUUGGAGGAAACUUCUUCCAAGCUCAGUGGGAUGAUUCUGUACCAGCAUCGCAUAAAAAACUUGGGUUUUGAGGAAAAUCAACUAUAAAACUGUUUGAUACUGUCAAUCAUCAAGUUUUUCGUUUACUUGUAGAUUUAAAUUACAGUAUUAGUACUCUGUUCCAGUAACUGUUUCUUGAUACUAUGGAUUAUUGAAUAAAACAUCUCUUCAUAUUUAUUAGA